AUGCAAGAAGCUGUGCUCAAACCCGAUAUACCAUUGUCAGCAUUUCAAUCAAUCAAGGAGACUACAGCAAAGGUUGGCAGAGACAUACAAGCAACUGGACCCCUGGCCAAGUUGCACUCGAGCACCGAUGCUGACGAGUGGGAUGAUGGAGUACUUAAUGACGACGAUUUCAUGGGCGCGGAGCCCAAGGAGGACGAUUUCAUGGAUGUCGAUGCACUUGAUCAACCGGUGUUCAAUCUAGCAAAGAACGGCAAGUCGAAGAACAAAACUUCUGUUACCGACACCGUCGAGGUUAUGGACGAGCAGAGACUAGCGAACGGAAACUACGCUUGUAAGCACCGUUGCAAAGACAGGAAUGCCUGCAAGCACAAAUGUUGUAAGGAGGGAGUUGAGAAGAAACCAAAACCAAGGAAGCCCAAGGACAGCGGACCAUUUACUGCGAGCAAAAGCAAGACGACUUCCACCUCAUCGACGAAGGUCCAAUCGAAGCUGGAGCUUCCGAUAAGGAGAAAGGUAGUCAGUGGACCUGUGGAGCACCUGGACUUGUCUCAGGCUUCAGCAUCACCAAAAGCCAGGGUCUCCACAGCAGCCGCACGUCUUGCCAAACUUCACAGCAGUACGACUACAUCCAGCAGGGUUCCGAUCCUAGGAGCGGGUUCUGUCAUGCCCAUGUCAUCAGCUUCUAGCAGGAACUUUGCUAGACCAAAGUUCUUUCAAAGCCCGGAUUCUUUGAGAAGCGUCGAGGAAGAGGCGAUUAACGAGUCACCGACAAUGGAGUCUAUUGUCGAGUUCUCUGAUGAUGACGACAACGACGGAGAAAAGAUACUGUCGGAGGAAGAAGACUACCUAGACAAAGACGAGGAAAUGCUGGAUGCAGCUUUGGUGGGCUUGGAAGACUCACGAAGCCUUCAGACUUGGAACGAAAUUGUCGAACCUACACAAAAUGCUCAAAGUCUAGAUAUGCUGGGUUCUGAUGCGGACUGCCAAAACGACAACCACGAGCCAAGACUCUUGGUGACACCUCAUACACAACGCGUCGACGACUUUCCAGGUGGAUUUGAAGAUGCAGUAGCAAUGUUCGACCAGGACAUGGACGACGAUGACUCGACCUUGUCAGGCACGGUCAAACGCAAGCAUGGUGAGGGCGUAUCAUCAAUCUACUUCUCGGCAAAGAAAGCCAGAACAGACAAGGAAAUAGAGCUACAAAGUUUCGAGGAGCAGGCACAAAAAGAGAGAAGAGACGAAGAGAGCAUGGAUCAUAAGGAAAAGAGAGAAAAGGAAGAGCUACGAGCGUGGUUGGCUGCAGAGCUCGGAGACAGUGUCGAGAUGAUCUGA